GAGGUAAAAUUCAUGUACUGAUUAUGCUGCCCACUUUUAAUGACAUGAUUUUUAUAAAUAUAAAAAGAUUUUGAGAUAGACAGCAUUUUGCGCAUCUCGGGACAAAAAGGCGGUGGAAAAUGCCUCCUAUAGGUUUAUCCCUCUUCGUAGUAUUACUGGUAGUUGCAGGGGUACAUUGUGGAGAAAAAUGUGGUUUUCUUCAAAGAGAAUGUUGGGAAAAUCAAUAUUGUAAAAAGGUUGGAGAUGGACUGGGCAUUUGCUUCUUUUAUAUCGGAAAAGGUGGUUUAUGCAAUGGGGAUAGUCUUCGCUGCAGACCUGAUCUCGAAUGUACAGAGAGAAAUUCUCUCAUCAAAAUGAAAACAUGCCAAGAACGGUCUUCUGAUCAUCUAAGUUCAACAACACCUAGUCCAUAUUCUUCAGACAGAUCUUGGUGGCAGUCUACACCUAGACCAUAUUCUUCAGACAGACCUUGGUGGCAGUCUACACCUAGACCAUAUUCUUCAGACAGACCUUGGUGGCAGUCUACACCUAGACCAUAUUCUUCAGACAGACCGUGGUGGCAGUCUACAUAUAGACCAUAUUCUUCAGACAGACCGUGGUGGCAGUCUACAUAUAGACCAUAUUCUUCAGACAGACCUUGGUGGCAAUCUUCACCCAAUCCAUACUCUUCGGACAGACCAUGGUGGUAUUCUACAACAAGGCCUUGGUGGCAAUAAAUGCCAAUGUUAGAUCUUUUCUUAAUUCUUAUUCUUAGAAGAUAUAUUUACAGAGCUGACCUUCCUUCGUAAUUUACUUAUUAAAAUUUCCUUGAUAAUCUGUACCUUAUUGUAAUAAUUUUUUUUGAAAUCGCACGAAUUCGCCAUAUUUAGAAUGAAAAUCUGUAUUGUAUCUGCACUGAAAAAUAUGUUUAAGGCAAUAAAAAAGAAUAUAUUUUGAAAAUGA